UUCAAAAUUACUUUAUAUUUAUUCUCAUUAUAUUAUUUCAAAUUUUUACCGAAAAUAUAAAGAAAAUGGCAUCUACAAAAAGCACCUGCACGAAAUUCUGCCUUGGAUUUCUCAUCUUUAUCCUGAUCGUGAAUUUUGACAGAGCUGAUUCGUCGCCACCUAACGCUUUAAUGGCAGAUUUAAUUCACAAAAGCAUGCUGUACCGCAUUACAAACGGACAACAAGGUCUCAGUCCAUCACAAGUGAAUAGUAUGAUUAACCUGCGUAUGAUGGAACACAGUAGAAAUCAAGGAAGUGCAAGAAGAAUUGCUCUUGAAUGUUCUAGACCGAUGAAACGAGGAUGUCACAAGUUAUCUAGAAGAUGUUUUUCUUCUAUUCUUGUAAAGAGAAGCAUUGACUCACAAUUGAAAGCUCAGAAAUCGUACUGGUAUGACCCAAAAGUGGAUGACGUCACUGAAAUCAAUGAAGAGUUGGAAUCUCAUCACAUAACAAAAAGAUAUGCAUCACGGCGUUAUGGAGGCAGAAUCAGAAUAAGCUGUGGUCUUUGCAGGCAAAAAUGUUGGAAGUAAAAUCUAAUAAUAGAAUAAAACGACGCAAGAUACGUAUCUGCAUCGGGUUAUCUAUAGAAGAAGUGGAAGGACCACAGUGCCAUGGAGCUGACUUAUACAUGAAACUAAAAUAACAAUAAAUACUAGUAGUUUUUAUAAAUUUAAAACUGUAAUUGUAAUUUAUUCUGAUUGUUUCAUUAAGCAAAUCUUAUGUAAGCUUUAUAUAACUUGUUCAAUAAAAAUUUAUCCAAACAAAAUGAUCCAAAAUUGAGCGAUUUUUAUAUUGAUGGAGUAGUGUUGGAAUUUUUACAAUAAUCCUGAUGUUAUGAAUGGUCAUUCCAAAUCCAAAUUUUUCAAAAAUAUUAUUCAAGUCAAAAAAUAUUCUCAAUUUCGUGAUUAACAUAAAACAUGUAUAAGAUACCAAGACAAAAUGAAUCGUUUGAAAAACAUUGUUAAAAGCAUUUUUUUAAUCUUUAUAUUGUGUACGAAAUAAUUUUGUGCAAAAACUUUUUUAGUGGGAAUAUUUAUGUCCGUUAAUUGCACUGUUACGGCAUUUGAUGUUAUAGUUAUAAACGAGUAUUAUUCGCAUAGUAUUGGUAAAAAAAAUAUACACUUUUUGAUAAAAUGUAUUUUGUUUUGUUUUAGAAUGCAUUCACUCUCCUAUAGACAUGUAUACUUACUUUCAUAUCAUGUUUAAAUAAUAUUAUUGCUGUCAAUCAGACGUUUAAUAAAUUUGAUACAUUUAACAAAAACGUGCUUUUCAUUCCAAAGUUCCAGCAUUUUAUUAAUUUUAAUCAAUUGUAUUUUUAUAUAAAUAACUUUAUUGCCCGAACUAAAAUGUUUGUGUAUAUACUUAUCCUAAAAUGUUUGUAAAGUCUGUUUUAUCGAUGAAA